CGUUUGGGAAAUUUUGAAGCGGAUCUCAGCAUCAAUGGCAGAAUCAAUUACCAAGGGGCAUUCUAGGCAGUGGCAGGAUACAGCCCUGAAAGAGUUUGAAAUAGCAAUUGAUGAUUUGCCACAGGUGCCUGGAGAAAAGUCAUCAUUAAAGUAUUUGGGAUUACGAAAGCACCUGUCCCAUGAAGCAAAUAAACAUUUACUACCCACUAAACUGGUAAAGCAGCUUCUACAUGCUUCCUACAAAAUAACAAAAGAGCAGUCAAGGCACAAACGUUUGUUCGCAUAUUUCCUGUCAGAACUUAGUGGAUCAGACUAUAGCCAAGCAUUCAUCGAUUCGGUUGCAAAAAAGAUUUCUCGAUCUAAAUGGAAAAAGGAGAACGCUUUCAUUAUUCCUGUAUCAACAUAUAAAUCUACAAAUCCUGAUCUUACAAAUACACCUACUAGUGACAGAACCUUUAAUGUGACAAAUGGAACUAAAAUUUCUCGAAGAAAACUAGUAUUUUGUAGUUCUUGUCACACAAGUAAAAGAACAAUUCAAAUCAUGAAAACUGUGUCUAAAAAACAGAAAUUAUUAAUCAACAAAAAUGAAUUAUUAUGUCAACAGGAAAAGCAGAAAAGGAAAAAACUUAAAGAACAAUUGAUUAAUAAAGAAAACAAAACUUUGAGUUUAAAAAGAAAACUCCAAAUGAAAAAUGAAGAGGAAUUAUCAAUGAAAAAGUUACAGAAACAGAACAUUAGAUUUGAGCAUAUGUCAAAUAAAUCAGAUGCAACUAUCAAUGCUUUGAAAGAAGAUUUAAAUAAAAACAAUGAAACAAUAAGUCAAAUUUCAAAAGAAAGAGACAAUUUAAAGAAAAGUCUAAGAAAAAUAAAGAAGAGAAAUAGACAAAGAAGGUCAUCAAUGAUUAAAACUGUUGAGAAAGGUGCAUAUAAUGAUAAAACAAUGCUUGUGACAACUGAGUUACAGAAUAUGGGGGUCAACGCAACGAUAGCUGGUAAAAUUCAAAACACUGUGUUGACUGCAUACUGUGGUAAAAGACUAGAAUGUACUCCAUCGAGAACUACUUCUGGCAGAAUGGUUCGUCGCGGAGGCCUUCUAAGUGAUGCUCAAGUUGGACUUGAAAUGGAGGCAAGAGCACAGAAUGGCAUGCGUGUUGCCCAGGAUACAACAACAAGGAAAGGCCUAGAACAUGUGUCAACCAUAUGGACUUUUAAUGAUGGCAAUUCUCUUGAGUCUAGGGUAGAGAAUCUUCCAAACCACACAUCAGAGGCUCAACUAGAUCAUAUAAAGAACUCUUUGGAAAAAACAACAUCUAUUUUAGAUCAACUUAAUAUUCCCAAUUCUUCCAAACAAUCUAUUGCAUACAUAACAGAAUUCAUGGGGGAUCAUGUCAAUAAAAAACUUCAUAGGGAAUUGGAGUUAGAACAUUUGGACUGUCUUAAAAAGUUACUUCAGGAGGAUAUCUUAACACCAGCGCAAACCAUCAAUUUGAAAGAACUUUACCUGAGUGCCUGCCAAAUGCAUUCUGGUGCAAAAGUAAGCAGAUCCUUUUAUGAGGGAAUGCAUCAAAUACAACCAGAUCUAGGGGUAUUAGGCAAGUAUGAGCAAAGCAAUAUGGCGCGGCCAGGAAGAACAUUUGAGGCAAUGGGUGGUAAGAUUGUUGAAACAAUAAGUUCAGUUUUUAGUCCAGAUCAUGCCAAUAAAAAUGAGUUUAGCCGUGCGGAUGUCUGGAGAGGCUGGUGUGCUGAAAAAGACUACAAUAUUCCAACAUUUUCUUAUGUUAAUAAAAACAGACACUACAGACAUGAGUAUGAGUCUGGGAAGAUCAUUAAAGCUAUUCCAUAUAUCAUUGAAUUUUAUGAGGAACUUCUUUCACAAGGUGCCACUCUAAGAAACAAAGAUAUUUUAAUCAAAAAUGCCCUUGCAAAUGAUGAAGUUUUAGCCCAACUAACAGCAGCAGAUGCUUUCUCUUCAUAUCAUAAACAAUUUAUGACUAUGUUAAAAAGUCAUGACGUUUUGUCUGUUGGACCCUACAUUAACAAUGCUUUUCAAUUUUUACAAAAUGUAAAUAAAAAUAAUGCAAGGGAAAUUUUAAAUGGAGAAAAAACGUUAUUCAAUAGCGAGUUCUUGAGAACUGAUGGAAAAAAAUUUUCCAUGCCUGUUGGAGCUCAGUUACUCUCAAACUCACAAAAUAUCAUAGAUAGAGCCAUAGACUAUUUGAUAUCAGGUUGUAACCUGGGUGCUACUGCCCUUAGGAAAAUUUCUCAGGAAUAUUUUGAGGAAGGAAUAUACUAUUCUCCCACUCCACAUAUGAUAUCAAUGUUGAGUGGAAAAGAGUCACACAGCGACAGAAAUGAAUCUAACCUGGGACGGUAUAGUCAGCAGAGACAAAAAGAGCCAAGUGCUUGUUGGGAUACCAUCAACAGUAAAGUGGCCAUGAGGGCAAAUAAAACUAUUAAUAAAGUCAGAAAAAAUCAGAUAAUUUCCUCUGAGCCGGUCAAAAUCAGUCAGAAGUUCACUGUUUACUUCAGUGAGAAUUGGAAUGUUUGCGACACAAUUGCCAUAUUGUUGUUCACGAUUGGAUUCAUCUUGCGCAUGCAACCUGAUUAUGACACUCAUGUUAUUGGCAGAGUCAUCUAUUGUGUGGACAUUGUAUUCUGGUACAUCAGGAUUCUCGAUAUAUUUAGCGUUAACAAGUACCUUGGUCCUUACGUCAUGAUGAUUGGUAAAAUGGUGAAGGAUAUGGUAUACUUCAUAGUUAUCCUCUUAGUUGUACUGAUGAGCUUUGGAGUGUCUCGCCAGGCAAUAUUGUUUCCUAAUAAGGAACCCUCAUGGCGGCUGGCCCGUGAUGUUUUCCUCGAGCCCUAUUUCAUGUUGUAUGGAGAAGUCUAUGCUGGUUCUAUAGACCCUGAAUGUGGUGAGGGAACAGCACAUGGGCCAUGUAUACCAGGGGCAUGGUUAACUCCCGCAUUGAUGGCAAUAUUCCUCCUAGUGGCCAAUAUACUCCUUAUUAACCUUCUCAUUGCAGUAUUCAAUAAUACAUUUAAUCGAGUCAACUCCAUGUCAACUCAGGUUUGGAAGUUCCAACGAUAUAGUCUGGUGAUAGAAUAUGAAUUGAAGCCUGUCCUCCCUCCCCCACUCAUCAUCUUCAGCCACCUUCUCUUGUGUAUCAAGUACAUCAUGCGCAAGUGUAAGGGCAAGAAUGAAGGCUUUGACAAUGGACUUAAGUUGUUUCUGGACAGCGAAGACAUUGAGAAGGUGCAGGACUUUGAAGAGGAGUGUAUGGAAGAUCUGUCAAGAGAGAAGGAGAGUAAGAUGAUGUCCAGCACUGAAGAGAGAAUAAGACAAACAAACGAGAGGGUUGAGAACAUGUCCAUGAGGAUGGAUGACAUAGUGCAGAAGGAGAACCAGAUCAAGCUGUCAUUACAGACUGUGGACUUUAGGCUGGCAAAGAUGGAAGAGUACGCACUGCAGACUGUGGAUCACUUGCAGUCCUUACAUCAGAGGAUGGCCUCUCAACCUCUCAGUAUAGAUACCAGUCAAGACCAACCUACUGACCCUGACAGUGCUACAGACAUUGACCUCAGUGCCAGUGGUAACCAACUCAUUAUCCCAGCACCCCUUAUUCAGCCUCAACCCUCUCCCUUGCUGGUACACUCAAAGAAAUCAGUCAACGAGAGUCGUUUGAAACCAUUUACUGAUUACAGAAAGCGUAAGAAAAAUGUAGUGGGAGGGCAGUAUCGUCGGAGUAGUAGUUCUGGUAGGGGUUCUUCCUACACACGCCAUCUAUCUGAGCCAGAUUAUGUGACCCUUGAUAGAAGAUGUGAGUACCUUGGUAGGGAGGUUAGGAGUAAUAGUGAUGCGCUUAUCAACCAAGCUAUUAACCCACUCAGUAAUCUCUACCAGAGACGUAGAGCGAAGAUGGCACGAUCAAAGACAGAACAUCGAGAGGAUUUAAUGGAAGAUCACAAUGAGGCUCAAUAUGAAAGUAUAGAUGGUGUUAGUAGUACCCCAAGUGGUUGCCUAGGAAGACGUCGCCUCAAGGUUACAUUCAGUGAGGAUAGAUUGGAUGAACCAGACAAUGAGGGUGUCAUCAAAACUCCAGAAGAUUGGGUCUCUAGUGAGGAGGGAACCCCAUUGACACCUCGUUGCAGUGAUGACAGUAUGGUUCUGCCGGGAAGGGCAUUGUAUACUACAGUGCCAUUAGACACUCAUACGCACACUUGUUCCAGUACAUCUAUACCCGAGACAACCCCUGUUAAACCCAAUUCUACUACUCCUGAACAUUCAACAAGCGAUACCAAAACCUCUGAUCAUAUCACGCAUGAUCCCCAAACCACUGAUCAUAAUACAGAUGAUCCCCAAACCACCGGCCAUUAUUCAGAUGGUCUGUCUUCUCCAGCUUACACGUCGCAAGAUCAGAAUGCUAGAGGGGAUAGUGCAUUACACCAAAAAGACAGUGGAAAAGACAAUGAUAUUCCAGGACCAAACUCUAGUCCUGGUAACUACCCAGUGCCAACUUUUAGCCGAUUCAACCCUGGGGUUCCAUUUGAUGCUACAGUUCUAUACACUGGCCCCAGUGUCCUUGCCCCAGCUGUAGCCCCUAUCGUGACCCCCAAUAGAGCAGAUUAUACAAGCAUCACUGAUGAGAUUGACACGUCAUGUUUAUUUGAAGAAACCCCCAGUAAUAGCCCCACCACACCUGCUGCUUUUCUCAUGUCAGAUGUCCCCCAAGAUAUUGCGUCAUAUACACGAAGCGAGAGCCCACAAAAGGAUGCACUCCAGAAAGAGGCUUCAGCGUUGAAGCGAGCAGAAGAGCAAGAUUACGCUGAGUAUCUUGGCCCGAUGAUCCGACAUCGAAUGCGCCAGAUCUCCCUAACGGAGAGUGAUAGUAUGAGCAACAUCGCCAAAGCUAUUUUUGCAGAGAUGGAAAAUCAGGGUGAAAAUAGAGGAACAAUCAUAGGUGGACCUGAUGACAAUCUUCAAACAUAUAACAGUUUUGAUGAUGAACCGAUCACAAUGAGACCGCGGGAAUAUAUAAAUGAUCAGUCCUCUUCCCCAGAACAAAAUGGCAAAUCCUCAGCUGAAAAUGAAGCAUAAUGUUGAAGAAUUUUAUCUAAGUUUACAUUGUUUCUUAUGCCAUAACAUACUUGAAGAUAUAGUUCUAAAUGAGCUGAUAUUUUUUGUAGAAGUUCAUUUAAAUAGAAAAUUUUUGUAUGAAAUGAGUUUGGGAUUUGAUAUUUAUUCAAUAAUCUCCUAAUAAAUAUAAGUAUUUAUUUUCUUAAGGCUGUAAAUUUGGAUUGACUGAUAGUAAAUAAUUUUUAUUGGCUAAUGAGGAUUGUCUAAACUGUAUAUUUUUCAAGGCCAAUAGCAUAUUGAAAUGUAUAGGUUGAUCCAGAAGUAAUUUCAAAGAUGCUAAAAUUUCCAAGUUAAUAAUGUAGUAUAUGGAUCCCUUCUGAAACAGGUUCGGUAAAUUUUAAAUAAGAUUACUACAUACCGUACCAAUACUUGCAAUACGGCCAUAUCAUGGGUGAAUGUACAAUAGAAACAUAUUUUAAUGUGUGCAAUUAAUGCAGCCUUUCCCUUGCCAAUUCAUGUUCAGAGCUUAUGAUGUUACAAUAAUAUAAUUACAAUGUAUGAUACUACUCAGGAUAAAACUGUUGCAAAAUAUUUAACAAUUUUAAAGGUAUAUGAUUGAUUUAUUAAGUGUACUGUAAAACUAGACAAUUUUGGGCAUGAUAUUUUUCUGCAAUAUAUUUUUGAAAAACCAUGGGCUUUCACUUAUUGAAAGCCCAUGGAAAAACUAAGUAUACACAAAAGUCAACGCAGGAAAUACGCAAUAUAAACUUUACUAAGACAAAUACUUACAUCGUAGCAAUAACAUUUCCAAGCUUAUUUGUGAGCCCUGCUAAAUUCUAAGAAUCAUGAAUAUUACAAAAUUUAGUUAUGCAAUAUCCCUAUUUA